UUUUUUUUUCCUUUCCUCCUUUACCCCCCUCCUUCCAUUUGUCCCGCUCUUUCCAUCCUGCCUUUUCAUACUACGCUGCUUUAAUGAGACCUCGCCUAGAUAACCCGGCCCAGCUACUACCGUACUAGUCUUGUUUUUUUUCGUCUCUUCUUUCUUUUUGGUUCUUCCUUCCCUAUCAAAAUAUUGCUCGCCCCUUUACCCCUCCGUUCUUUUCUCUCCCACCUUCUAUCUCCCCUUCCUCCCCAUGUUUGGGACUUGAAGAAAUCCUAUCCUUUUAUUCAUUCAUUCUAUACCAGACACCCGCGAUGGUCGAUUCUAACCCCGAUCUUGAACCUGCUCCCGGUGUGGGGUCGUCCCCCGCAGCCGGCCUGACGAAAAGAGUUGGAAUCUCGACAAACUUGUCGGAGAAAAAUGCCGUAGUGGAUGAUCUCGAAGAAUCGGAUGAUAAUGGUUCUACCAAACCGGCUUACGAUCAUACUCAUCGGAAGUUGAAGCCCAGACACAUUCAAUUGAUUGGUAUUGGCGGCACCAUUGGCACCGCAUUGUACGUCCAGAUUGGCAAGAGUCUGGGAAAAGGCGGCCCUGGGAGCUUGUUCCUGGCAUUUGUCAUAUGGUCAGUCCUCGUCCUUUCUAUCAAUAUGCUUUUUGUUCCUGCCACUAUGGUCACUUACCUACCCAUAUCUUCGCCUUUCAUUCGGUUUGCCAGUCGGUACGUCGACGACGCAUUCGGGAUGGCAGCCGGAUGGAACUUCUUCGUCUUCGAGGCCGCCAUGGUGCCCUUCGAGAUCACCGCAUGUAGUAUGAUCAUCAACUAUUGGAGUGACGCGGUCCCGGUAGCGGCAAUCAUCGUGAUUGUGCUCGUGCUUUUUGUACUCCUCAACGUCUUUGCGGUACAGUGGUACGGGGAAGCCGAGUUCUGGCUCUCCCUUGGCAAGGUCUUGCUCAGCGUAGGCUUGAUCUUCUUCACCUUCAUCGUGAUGCUGGGGGGCAACCCUCAUGGCGACCGCUUUGGAUUCCGAUAUUGGAACGAGCCGGGGGCUUUUGCGGAGUACUACGAGACGGGGGAUCUGGGCCGAUGGAUGGGCUUCCUCGCGUGUUUGAUCCAGGCCAGCUUCACGAUCGCCGGUCCGGACUACGUGUCCAUGGCCGCCGGCGAGACGGUGAACCCUCGCAAGGUGCUGCCGCGUGCCUACAACGGCAUCUUCUACCGACUCACCUCCUUCUUCGUCCUGGGAGCCCUGUGUGUCGGGAUCCUGGUCCCUUACAAUGAUGAGAAGAUGGCCGCGGCAUUCGACAACGACCUGCCCGGUGCCGCCGCCUCGCCCUACGUGAUUGCGAUGGAUCGCCUCGACAUCCCCGUUCUCCCGCACAUUGUCAACGCCAUGGUUCUUGGGGCCGCCUUCAGUGCCGGCAAUAGUUACGUCUAUUGCGCCAGCAGAAGUCUGUAUGGGCUUGCACUGGACGGCAAAGCCCCCCGGAUGCUGACCCGGUGCACCAAAUCUGGCGUUCCCCUCUACUGCGUAGGGAUCGUGCUUCUCAUUGCGCUCCUCGCUUUCCUCCAGGUAUCCAACAGCGCGGCCGUGGUCCUGCAGUGGUUUGUGAGUCUGGUCACUGCAUCGCAAUUAAUCAACUUCUCGGUCGUCACAUUCACCUAUACGCGAUUUAGAAAAGCGCUCAUGGCACAGGAUGUUCCCCGGGAUACCCUUCCUUAUCAGAGUCUUGGUCAGCCCUAUGUCGCCUACGUCGCGCUGGUCUGCACCAGCGUUAUGGCGUUUGUAGGUGGCUACGAGGUAUUCCUGCCGGGCAAUUGGGACGUGCCCACCUUCUUCUUCUCAUACACCAUGAUCGGAGUAUUUCCGAUUCUUUAUUGUUCCUGGAAGUUCUGGCAUCGCACAGAGAUCAAAAAACCGGAAACCAUUGACCUGGUGACGGGGCUUGACGAGAUCGAGACGUAUACCAGCAACUUCAUUCCGACUCCCUCCAGCAACGUGUUUUCCAGGUUCGCCGACUGGAUCUUUGGGUAG